GGUUGGGAAAGAAAGGAGUUCGUACACUCAUCCUUCAAGCUUCUUGUUUCUCCGGAAGGAGAGGAAUUGUACGAUGACCUAGAGUGGGAACGUCCUUCGUGCCUGUUGGUGAUUAACAUUCAACGGACUACCUUGGGACCCUUCGUGUUCGCAAUGGGAAAGGCUGUGCUUGUCCGUGAUUGUCCUAUAAUGAUAAAGGACGAUGCCGAUAAACCAUUUCUGGGAAGUCCAAGACGUCAAUACGCAAGCGAGAUGGCGGAAGAGAAAUCGAGGGCUGAAGCAGCCACAGUUACAACAGAUCAAGUUCAAAAAUAUGCUAGAUCAACCACUACCAAGAUCUCGAAGAAUUCCUUGAUGCCAGAACUUAUAAGGUGA